AAAUUGGAUACAACCUUAUGUAUAAUAUGAUUGCCAGAUUUUACCAUCAUUAUUCAUUAUCAUUAAUCUUCAAACAAAGGCUUUCCUCUGGAAGAUUUCAAUUUCGGAUCUCAAACCCCAGAUGACGAAGAACGCCGGUACACAAUCCCUUCCGGAGUACUUAAUCAGAGACAUUCUCAGGCGACUGGAGGUGAAAUCCCUGAUCCGAUUCCAAUGUGUGAGCAAACAGUGGAAAACCCUCAUCAACGCCCCAUCUUUCAUCGCCGAACACCUCCGCCGUCAGUCCCCUUGUCUUCUAUUCCAAGGGGAAGCACAUCGGAAUUUGCAGUUACGGUUACUCGAUCGUGAUUUGCAGGCCCGGGAAAUGCAAGUGCAGCCUUCUGUUUUCGGCCUUGAAUCUCCUAAAAUCGUGGGUUCCAGUAAUGGCUUGCUCUGUUUGCGAAUCGAAAAGGAAUUGCAUCUGUCCACCAUUUUGUUGUGGAAUCCAGCCAUCCGAGAGCUCCGGAUAACUCCGAGAUUACUUGGUCGUCGCUCAUGGAAAUCGGUAGAUCAUAACAUCUUAGAGGGCAUUCGUCUAAAGGGCUCGAGGGUGAUUGCAAAUGGAGUUAUGUUUUGGCAUGUGGGGAAUGAUGAUGCCGAUAUGAUACUUUCAUUUGACAUAGCAAUGGAAGUGCUCACAUUAAUUCCAUUUCCAGUCGUUGCAAACCGUGAUUUGUGUAUUAAGCUUGCGGUUUACGGGAACAAACUCGCUAUGCUUGUUAAAGAUUGCUCUUGGAGAAACUCAAAACCUGAAUGUAUUGAUUUGUGGGUGAUGGACGAAGGGGAUGUAGCAGGUUCAUAUGGUCAUGAGAAACGGAGUUGGACUAAGAAAUGUAACACCUUUCCUUGCAAGGGCCUGAAGAUGAACCAAAGCUCACUCUCGUCUUAUGCAACGUGGUGUAGUGAUGCCUAUGGGGUUGUCAGCAACGAGAGUGAGCGCAUUCAUCUAAAGAGCGAUUGUGUGACUGCAAACGGGGCUAUGUUCUGGCAUGGGGCGAAGGGCGAUGCCGAUAUGAUAGUUUCAUUUGACAUGGCAACAGAAGUGUUCACGCUAAUUCCGUUGCCAGUCCUUUCAAACCCUAAUUUGUGUUUCAGGCUCGCGGUUUACGAGAAGAAACUCGCUAUGCUUGUUAAACGUGGGUUAUUGGAAAACUCAAAAUCCGUCGUUAUGUGGGUGAUGGACAAGGGGGAUGAAGCGGGUUCAAAUGGUGAGAGAUGGAGUUGGACGGAGAAAUGUAACACCACCUUUCCUUGCGAGGUUGAUCCCUUGAGGAUUUGGAAGCAUGGAAUCGUGUGCAAUGUGAUUGAAUAUGGGAAAUCGAGAAUUGCUCUCUUCAACGUCGAUUCUAGUGAAUUUAAUAUGCUAGUUGUACACGACUCUUACGAGUGUUUCGAUUAUGUGGAAAGCCUUGUGCCAUUUAGGGGGAAAGAAGUUGAAUGCAACAUUUAUGUAGGGUUUGAAGAACCCUUUAUUAGUGCGGUUGAAGGUGAUGAACUAAAACUCACUCUUAUCUUUGUUUAAUCUCACGAGUAUCUGUUAGCAUUUGAAAAAGAAAAAUACUUUUACCUCUUGACCAAGACUCUUCGUUUAAUCAGAUAUUGACCAUAUGUUUUUUUUGAAACGAAAUGCACAUCUUCAUUCAUCUCCCAAAACAAUACAAACGACCCCACUUUAACACAAAAACAACAUACAAUUGACAAACAUCAACACCUACUUACUCCUUGAUUUCCUUCCCUAGAAAGUAGUCAACUGGCUUGUUAUAUGAUUAAAACGCAUCUCUACAUCAGGUUUCUCUUUCCUAUGGAAAAGGCAGUUCCUUGUUUUCCAUAUAUGGUAGCACGCUGCUGCAUAGGUACUUAUGCCUUGAUCUCUUCUUCAUCUUCCUCUUAUACUCAUCAGUGCAUCCCUAACCUCUUGAACAUUGUUUCCUUCCAUCUUUAUUCCCACCCAGACAGUUAGCCUCUUAAUUAGGGUACUAGAAAAAGUACAGGUACAGAACAAAUGGUCAGCAUCUUCAUCCAUUUCAUUGCAUAGUCCACAGAUCUUGUCAAUGGGAAUAUAUUUCCCCAACCUAUCUUUUGUGUUUACUCUUCCUUUACAUAUAAGCCAGGAGAAAAACUGAUGUUUAGGGCAUGACAUUUUGUUCCAAGCAAAUGAAAUCCAAGCCUCCUUCAUCCUCUGUCCAAGCCACUUAUAACCCUCUCCAGUUGUGUUGGGAAAAUCACCUCAAUUUUCUAGCGGAAGCAAUAAAUAAUUUCCCCGUCUUUGUGUUGUCAAAAUGGGCAAAAUCAUAUGACCAAUCAAGAAUAGCAAAAACAACGACAAGCAAUCAAUCAAGCGAUAAACGAACACCAAGAUUUAACGUGGAAACCCCAAAUCGGGGAGAAAACCACGAAGCCUUCCACUAAUCACCAAGAAAAUCAGUGGGUACACCAAGAAUCUUCUCUA